AUGCCAUUUUUUGAUCUACAGUGCUUGAAGCAACAUAAGCCUGUGACAACUGAAAUAUUACGUAUUUAUAUAUCGUUACUAAGGAUGGACAAGUAUAGUCUUGUGACGGAUAUCCGUCGUAAUAAAAGUUACAUUGUCUCAUCAAGCAGUAUCUACCGUUUAAAUGAAGAAAAUCAGCUAACGCCUAUAAAAGGAACAGAGGACAUCGACGAUGAUUGUAGUUUAUUUGUGAGGGACCAGCGUGUCAAUUUGGGAAAUGCUCCCGUGAAAUUCGUGGAUUCAGAUGAUGAUCCACAUAAACUCAUGAAACGGAACUCUACUACGAGUCGGAUAAUUAUGACAAAAAUACCGAAGUAUAGUCCAACAAUCAAAUCCAAUGUUCCAUUUAAGCCGAAAGUGAUAAUGGCAAAUGAUCAUGAAAAGUCGAAAAAAACUGUACAAAAGCAAUCAUCUGAGUUUUACGGCGAUAUGGUCCCACAGUAUAAUGCACGAGAGGAUGUAGGUGGCAUAAACAGUGAAGAAGGGCAGUCACCUAUGGAGAAUAUCGAUGACAGUAGUGAACCCGCAAGUACUUUAAGUGACAAGAAUGUUAUAAAAAAGAAACCAUUUCAAAAUACUCCAGAAAGAUCUAAGAACGUCUCAUCAAAUCCAUCAAGAUCACGAAAGAGCAGGACAAUAAUCCGCAGGCCAUUUGCUUCUCUCAAUACCAAUUUGAGAACUUUGCACCAAAAAAUUAAUAAUUUCAGUCGAUUAAUCCAAAAAACACCUAAACAGGUCAGCGUUAAUCCACAACAGCCUUCUCAACAACUUGGUCACUAUCAGCAACCUACUUUCUCGAUUCCAAAAUUAACGGAAUCGAUACUUAUCGAAAAUGAAGAAGAAUUCGUAGUCAUUGGAGACACAGCAAUAAGUGCUGAAAAUUUAGCUGCAAUUUUAAAAAAAUCAACUAUGAGGCAACGGUUUAAAGCGCUCAAAAAUUUAUGUUUAUACUUGCAAAAAAAAAGAGAACUAACUUGGAUCCCAGGAUCCAAAGAUGAUUUAACUAUCUACUUAAAAUCUUGGAUAGGAGCAUUUUUAAAUGAGCACCGGCGUGAAUUAAAAAAGAACGGGACACGUUAA